AUGACCGAAAAAAUUAAUGAUAUCGAAAAUGAUGAAAAUUCGAAAAAAGGAAUACAUGACUAUUUAGAACGACUGGAAACGGAUUUAAAACAACACGGUGUAAAAAAAUACGAUUACUCGCAAUUUAAUGCUCUCGAAAUUGUCGGAAGUGGUGGAUUCGCAACUGUAUAUUCUGCCAUUUUUCAAGGGAAAAAAUAUGCAUUAAAAAGUGUGCCUACUAAAAUUGAUAAUAAUUAUUUGAUUAUUGAUAAAAUCGUUGAAAAAUACAAAAUCAAUAUUCAUAAUUAUAAUGAAUUUACAAAUUGUGUAAAGAUUGGUGAGGGUGGAUAUGGCUGGGUUGAAAAGGCUGUGUGGAAAGCUCGUGGGUCAAUGUAUGCCUUGAAAAGUCUCAAAAUUAAAAAUAAUUCAAGUGAAAUCCUUAUCAGGAAAUUUGCUAAAGAGUUAAGUGAUGCCAAAUCUUCGAACAAACAACUAGACUUACAAAAUCUCUCAAAACCAGAUACUUGUGAAUACAAUAUGGAAAGCUAUGAUUAUUCGAAAUUUAGUAAUUUACAACCCAUUAAACAAGGAACAAAAGCACGUGUUUUUUCAGCCGUUUUUCAGGGAAAAAUGUAUGCGUUAAAAUGCACGAACAGAAAUUCUCAUUUAGAUGAUAGAACACUAAAAAUGUUUAAAAUCUCCGAUCAUCCUAAUAUUAUUAAAUUUUAUGGAGUCUCUAAAGAUCCACAAACUAAUAAUAUUAUAACAGUGUUACAAUUAGCUAGCAAUGGAAACCUACAAGACUACUUAAAGGGAAAACAACAAAAUGGAGUUUUUAAAAUUUCAUGGGAUAACAUUAAACGAAUCGCAAAGGAAAUAGCUUUUGGUUUAAAUCAUUUGCAUGUUAACGAGAUUGCUCAUCGGAAUCUAGAUGUCGUUGGCACUUAUAUUGCGAAGGGUCUUCGGGAAAGUAUAAUUUCAAAUACACCACAGAAUUAUGCAGAUCUUUACAUGAAAUGUUGGUCUUCUGAUCCGGACCAACGUCCACCACUGUAUAAAAUUCUAAAUAUUCUUAUUGAAAUAUCAAAAAUGGCUGAUGGAUCUAAAUACAUUACAAAUUAUAUUUUUGAAAGCGAACAUUUUAAGAAUUAUAAUAAGAAAACAACUUACACUGAUAUAAAAAAUUUUUGUAAUGGCUUGCAUCUUACGUCAGAUACGAUUUAUUCACCAGACUAUAUAAAUGAAUCAGAUACGAAUAACAAAUUACUUAACAAUUUACUAAGAACUCCAAAAAAUGUAUUUAUUAAUCUUAACAAAAAUCAUAAUCUCAAUUCAGACUUUCAGUGUCUUCUUGGCUUUUUUAAUCUGACGGGAAUUGGAACUGAAACAUAUUUUAAUGCGGCAUUCAAACUAUUUGAAAAGAUAGCAUAUGAAAAUAAUGCAAUAGGAAAAUUUUACCUUGGAGAGUGUUUUAUGUUUGGCUACGGGACUAAGAAAGAUUUAAAUAAAGCUAUUGAAUGGUACCAAAAAGCAUGUAGAGGAUGUGCAAGAUCUAAUAAUGUUUUAGGAAAUUGGUAUGAACAUGGAAUAAUAGUAGAAAAAUGUGAAGAAAAGGCCUUUGAGCAUUAUCGAAAGAGCGCUGAUUAUAAUAAUCCGCUUGGUCAGUUUAAUCUUGCAAGAUGUUAUGAGGAGGGAAUAGGAGUGAUAAAGAAUUUAAGGUUGGCAAAACAUUGGUAUGAAAAAGCAGCAAAUGAUGGUCAUAAAGAUGCUAUAAAUCAGCUGAAUAAUCUUGUGCCA